AUGGCUCCUUCUACUUCCGGUCCUCAGAUCUUCGAGGAUGCUCACCGUGCUCCCAAAUCGUCCGUUUUUCGGGCCAUGCUCUCCUCGAAACACAAGAGAAAUCAGUCCGCAGACGAUGCCAUGCCGCCACAGCUCCCACCGAUUAAAACAUCCGAUCCCGUUCCCUUCCCAUGGACCCAGCAGCCUACCUCCGCCCCUGGUCAUCUCCCACUGGGUGAAAUCGUCCCGAACCGCGAUACCGGAGAUAGCCACGUUCCAGCCACCAGGUUCGGCAACAAGGAGGGCAAAGGGACCCUGCAUAAGAAGACGAAGAGUGCCGUCUCCCUGAAGUCGCUGAGAAGCUACAUGGAGCGGAAAGAUGGAAGAUCCGAGGAGCCCGAAGUAUCCGACGAAAUGCAACCCAAGAAGGCCAAAUCGAACAACAGCCUUUCGGCUAUUCUGAAACGAUCACAGCGGGGCCGCAAAGAUGGCUCAAAGCAGAGCCGUGACAAAGAGAAUCGCAGCCCAACUGAACUGGUUGACAGUAUGCCAUCGCCAGUCUGGUCUCAAGAGUCGGUCCCAUCGUAUCAGCAACAGGUCAAUCGGUCCCGACAGAAUUCAACUGCAGACCGGCACCGAAGUGUCGCGGACGAGCUCUCCCUCUAUACACCCCAGGGCUAUAGUCCCGCUCAGCAGCGAAACUUUUAUGAUUAUGCCCAGCCAUCGCUGACGAGAGCAGGCGAGAGCAAGACGCGCCCCAAGUCAGAGAACUUCACGGCCAACAAGAAAGUGAAGGAUGUGCUGGGAUCUUUGCAGCGCGUACCCACGAAUGAUGCGAACGCGAUUGACCGGGUGGAUAGUGCCUCGUCCAAGAGCCACGGCCUGGAGAGGGCCAGGAAAAUGUCGGCGCCUGAGCCUCCGGCACCUAGGUCUCCCGAGAAAGAAGCGAAUCCAAAGAGAUUAUCGCGUGUGCAAGCUGCAAUCUCCGCGUUCAAUGCCAAGGAUAAAGAUGCUGAUGUGCACCGACAUCUCGACUCCAAGGAUGUUGAAAGCGAGUUUGAAAAGCUAUUGGAUGCAAGGAACAUUCCCCACAAUAUGCGAGACAAGAUGCGCUCUCUUGACACCAAUAUCAAAGUUGACUUCAUCCAGAAGGGCCGAACUGAGAAUGGUGCCCCUAACAGUGCGGGUACCUCUGACAGUCGCCGCGGACGCGGAAAGGAGACCAAAGAUGACCAGAAGUCUCAGGACCGCAAGGGUUCCCGCUCACGAUCUAGAAGCCGUGGUUUCACAUUCGGUAGGGGCUCUUCGUCCCCCGGCAAGAAGGCCCGCCCAGAAAGUGGAACUUUUGCUCGACCGCGAUCGGUGGAUCUUUCCCAGCCCGUGGGCGUUUAUACAACUCUUCAUCCGGGUGGCUCGACUGCGACUCUCUCCGAGGCAGCCGUCGUAGACACUGCCGCAGACCCUUCGGACUUUGUGCAUUAUCUGAGAGAGAUCCAAAAACCGGAGAUAAUCGAAGUAGGCAAGCUGCACAAGCUACGUCUCCUGCUUCGCAAUGAGACAGUCAGCUGGGUCAACGGCUUUAUUACUGAAGGCGGAAUGGAUGAAAUUGUACAGCUCAUCUACCGCAUUAUGAAGAUGGAGUGGCGGGAGGACCAUGAGGAUACACUUCUCCACGAAGCUCUGCUUUGCCUAAAGGGUCUUUGCACGACAUCCAUUGCCCUCGCGCACCUCACCAGCAUUGAGGCUGAGCUCUUCCCUGCCUUGUUGAAGAUGCUGUUUGACGAGGAGAAGAAGGGCCCUAGCGAGUUCACAACUCGAGGGGUUAUCAUCAACCUGCUCUUCACGCAACUCUCUACAACCCCUCCUGGCGAGUUGCCAGUCAAGCGUGCUGAGCGGCUUUUGGGCUAUCUGCGUGACCCGUCACCAGCUGAUGGCAACCAGCAAGUAUCUUUUAUAGCCAAUAUAUACCAGUCUCGACCAUACCGCGUGUGGUGCAAAGAAGUCACUAACGUGACUAAAGAAGUCUUCUGGAUCUUCCUGCACCACUUGAACGUGAUCCCACUGCCCAAGGCAGACCCCAAGUCGGAUGAUCCCUUCACCGAAAAACGCUCAGUGGACAGUCGCCUUUUCUCCCAGCGACACUUCCCUCCACCUCGCCCACCUGUUCCCGCAGCUCCGUAUGUGGGUGGUGUUGAGUGGGAUGCUACAAAUUAUUUAGCCGCCCACCUCGAUCUGCUCAACGGUCUUAUUGCCUCUCUCCCUACGAUCGAUGAGCGCAAUCAGCUCCGCUUUGAGCUUCGAGCUUCUGGAUUUGAGAAGGUCAUGGGUGGUACCAUGCGUACUUGCAAGGAGAAGUUCUACUCUUCCGUUCAUGAAUGUCUACGCACCUGGGUUGCCGCGGCAGUGGAGGAUGGCUGGCCAUACACAUUGGUGCGUGAGGGACCUCCUCGCUCUGGAGAGCCUGGGUCUCCCACCAAGUCGCCUAAGAAGUCUGCACCUGGCAGCCCCAAGAAGGGCCUGGUUGACGAAGGGCCACCAAAGCUGGAGUUGGCGCUGAAUCUGCCCCUCAAUCUGCCAGACAGCCAUGCUGCGCAUAGCCCAUUGACACCUUCGAGUGAUCUACGCAGCUGGCUCUAG